AUGGAGCGCCGUAAUAGUGCGCACUUGUUGGCGGCGCGGUUUGAGGAUGCAAAGCCCAUCGAGUCCGCUGGGUUGGGGGAUGGGACAGAAUCGCUUGCCCCCCUCGCAAACCUCGUGGUCGGAAAGCUGCCAGCCGAUCUGCGCCGGCUUAAGAAACAAGUGGCACAGAAGCGCGAGCUGCGUGUCUACCUCAGCUAUGCCGGGCCCGCAGCCACCACUGCCCUGCGCUCGCUUCGCGAGCAGCACGGCGCCUCGCUGACUGCCCGAGCCCAUGCGCGGGGGAUCACCUUGCUUUUCGAAGAUCUGAUGGCGUUGGAUGCCAGCGCUGCUGCCGGAUCUGAUACCAUGACCUGGGAGCUGCGCUGCCGCCUCAGCCAGCAAAGCCAUGUUCUUUUGACAGUCUACCCCGAGCCCGCUGAACUGGGCCCCAUCCUGCCCGACCAGGAUCCCAUCUCGCUCGGUCUCACCAGCGCGCUAGCCGAAGCUGUUGCAGCCACCUGUGGGGGCCAAUCUGCCUUGGUGGUCGAUGGUCAGGCUUUUGGCCAUGGCGUGGUCCGUGCGGGCACCAAGCUGCACCUGCGUUAUGCCGCCCCCGCCCCCGCCGCCCUUUUGGAAGACAUUGACAACCUGAGCGCCGUCCCCUGCUGUGCGACCACCAUCCCGCGCCCAGCCGAGCCCACCGCUCUCGUGGCCGCGCUGCACAAGGGCCUUGAACAGAUGCUGGACGAGCUUUUGCCUCCCACCUUUGAUAAAAUCAGCAUCAAUUCGGCUCCAUCACGCCUGCAUCGGACAAGCCUGUUCGAUCGCCACUUUGUCACCGGCUCUCAGUUUAACGAAAAUCUCUCCGCAGCCCUGACCGCAGAAAGACCUUUGGUCGUUGUCACCGGUCCGCGUGCCAUGGGCAAGAGCUCUGCUUUAGCCAACUGGGCUACUCAGGUCACAGCCAAGGCCGAAUCGAGUACGCGUGUACUCUGGCAUAGUUUUGGAACUACACCAGGCAAUAAUCGUCUCGAUAUUGCCUUCCAACAGCUCAUGCUACAGCUGGCCCCGGCGUCGGCCAACGUUCCCGGCCUCCCUAACGCAAGUCAAGCCCUGCAAGUGUUGAUCCGGUCCCUCGACCUCUAUGCCCAAGGCCCGGGCAGUGAACAGUCCAUUGCCAUCGUCCUCGACAACCUUGAUCAGGCGGCUGAAUCUGGUCCAGAGGAUUGGCUGCUUGAUUUGCCGGUCUCACUUUUGAAUUGGCUGCCUACGACUUUGCCCAGCAACGUGACCUUUAUUGUAUCCUGUGCCACCGAUUCCCCCGUGCACCUGGCCGCCAUCCAACGCCCACACGCGGUAGUUCUUGAAUGCUCAACCCUUGAUCCGCGUAUGCUCGAGGCCUUUGCCCAGGCUGUCAGCAAAAAUGCUAGCGAAGUCCAUGCCGAAUGGACUCAAAGUAUUGUCAGUCCUGCAACCGUGGUUCAUACGCUGGCCUCUGAGAACCGCCAAGUACCCGAAACCAUUGUGGGACGCCUCACUCUGAAUACCGCUUGGUCUUGCCUAUCGCAGUUGGAAAAGCUUGCAGACCCGACCCAUAUCGGCAUGCUGGCCGUUGCAGCCCAAAUGACCAUGGCACCCGCAUUGCUGUGGCGAGCCGAGGCACUGACUGAACACCUUCCUGCUUGUACGAAUCUUGGCGAGAGCUAUGCUUUGGCACUGGCCUUGGCCGAUGGGUUUUGGAAGACAAGAACCACAUCAAGCGUUCCUCCUUUGGCUCACGUGCUGGUAGCCAUCGACCAAGCCAACGCGGGUCUGGGUGAUGAUGAACUCAUGCAAUUGUUGCAAUCGGACGGCGUAGCGCGGCUAACCCCUUUUGCUGAUGUCGACGUCAAUCACCAUCAGGCCGAAGCUGAAUCCAUUCUUCGUCUGGCCCUCCACCCUUUGACGCAGCGCAUCUGCGGCCGCUACAUGCUCGCCCGUCGCGAGUUGCGCGUGCUUCUGAACUUGCUCGUGUCCUCGGAGAUUCGCUCGCAAUAUGCUCAAAGACUGGCAGCUCUCUGGAUCAAGACUUGGCAAGAAGCCGACGAUGCCUCGCGUGACGCCGCCACCACACGGCUACAAGAAGAACAACCAUUGGAGACGUUGCUGGAGCUAGGGAAUUGGACCGCUGCACAGAAUCUUCUCAAGAACAAGCAAUAUGUUGAGGGGGUUCUUCCGGGCCAAGAACUGAGUCUGGGUGAUAACACGCUGAAUGCUGCCGCCGUGGCCGGAAUGCUGGCCGAGCUGCCGCCGCAGAUUCGCAUCUUAGGCUUGAGCAACUGUGGGCUUGGGGACGAGGGAUUAGAGACUUUGUGUGCCACGCUGAAGGGCCGUACCACCAAACUCACCGAGCUAAACCUGCGGUCCAAUGAGUUGACGGAGGCAGGAGCCCAUCACCUUGCCGAGUUGCUGGCCACCCAGCCUCAGCUGGAGACUCUCAACCUGGACAACAACGACUUGGGUUCCGAUGGGGCGCAAAUUCUGGCUAAAGCACUCGCAGACCACGCCAACAUGCGCGUGCUGAACCUCAUGUACAAUGGUAUCGGAGAUUCGGGAGCCCAGAGCUUUGCUGAGCUCAACAAGUCCAACAAUGGACUCAAGAUUCUGUACGUGUGUGGCAUGUGUCAAACAGAGGGUUGA